CUCAUAUUAAUUUAUUUAACUGAAUGAAAGAUUAAGGCAGGUAUAGUAAAUUAAGUGAAGAAGAAGCGGCUGCUUAAUUUGAAUUAAGGUACUGAUUGUGAUUUACUCAAGAAAAUAAUAAAUAAUGGGUAAUUUGCUUGAAUAAUACGAGAGUAGCCAAAAAAAUAAAAAGGCAUCAAAAAUAAUAAAACCAUAAAUGAAUUAACAUGAAUUCAUUGUUUAAAAUCCAAAGAAAUAAUAAAUGAAAUUUCCUAAGUAGGAAUCUAAACAAUUGAAAUUAGUAAAAGAAGAAUCUCCUGAAUAGAAUUUAACUCCUUCUCCAGAAUCAGAUAUUGAAUAAAUAGAAUAAAUUCAAUAAAUAGUUCAACCAACUCCUAUUGAAUAACCUCCUACUUCAUUUAUUAAAUGUGAUAGUGGAAAUCUAAAGAAAAUUUUGUUAAAAGAUAUUGGCAACAUAGAUUUGGAAAUACAAAGAUUAACAAUCGAAACAAAAGAUUUUGAAAUGGAUAAAUUAGCGAAUAAAUCACAGUUUUCCUAUUAAUCAUAAAGCACUAAAGAUGUUCCUUUUAGAAAAAAUCCUCGAUCCAAUUCAUCAUAAUUAUAAUAAUAAUCAAAAGUGUAUUAUGAAUUAAGGCAAAGACCUUCAAGUAAAGAAUCUCGAAUAUCAGAUUCUUCUUAUACAAAAAAAGCAGAUUGUUUCAAAGGAAUUGUAAGAAGUUCAACUCAAAAAAAAUUAGCUUCAUAAUAAUAAUAAAAUAACAAUAUUUCUUAAUAAAAAGUUUCAUCUGAUAAAAUAAAAAAUUAAUCUGUAAAUAAAACAGUAACAAUAGAGUCAGAAAAUAAAGAACCAAUAACAAUUACAACAAAUAAGAUUCCAUAAAGCGAACGUAAAAUACCUAGACCAAUUAUUUAAAUUAAUAGAAGCUAAUCAAAAUAGGAUUCCCCUUUAAUUGAUAAAAAAUCUACUCCAAUAAAAACUUUGAUGAAAGUACAAUUUAAUUCAAUUCCAGUUGGAUCAAAUUCUACUAAAAAUAAUAGUGCAUCUUAUGUAGACUUUUAUAAAUUUAUCUAAGUUUCAUUAACACAAAGAAUCUUACAAUAGUUAAACUAGUUUACAUAAAAAUAAAUGUGUUGAAGCAUAAAUAGAAGAGGCUGUCUAAUUAUACAACAAUCUAAAAUUUUUAAUGUAGAGCAAAUCUAAUGUUUUAUAAAUCAGAAAAGAUGGCAAUUAAAUUCCAAGAAAGGCUGUUGACUUUUUUGUAAUAAUUUUUAAUUUAUAAUAGUAACAAAAAGAAAUAGCGAGGCCAACUUUAUUUUGA